AUCACAUGAGUAACAAGUGAAGGCGUAACCAACCCAGAUACAUUUCAUGGGCAUAGACGGGAGUUGAGGAAGAAGUUUUUUUAUUAAACUUUGAACAACGGGGAAGUAUAGUGUUAAUAAUGAAGUUCUGUGGACCAAAACUGUCACUCUGCGGACUUAUUAUAAGCGUGUGGGGUAUCAUACAACUUGUACUUAUGGGUAUAUUUUAUUAUGUACGGAGUGUGGCAUUGGCAGAUGAUCUUCCUGGUGUUGAAAAGGAAUUUGAGAAUCUUAGCGAGUUCUAUGCUGCUGCUGAUGCAGGGUACUUGCAGAAUGCCUACAACUGUUGGAUUGCAGCAUGCCUCUACAUUUUCACACUUCUAAUAUCAGGACAUCAGUUUUAUGUUAAUAGUCGCUCAUCUUUAAGUAUGUGAGACACUGAACAAGUAAAUGAAAAAAUUAUCAAAUUUCUUCCAUUUUCUUGGUCCAAUCACCUGAAAGAAAUAUGUAGCCUCACAUUUUAAAUUUUGAAAUCCAGGUGAACCAGACAAGUAUUUCUGUAAAAGUAAGUUUGGUAUAAGUAAUGCAUACUUAGUGAAGUUUCAUAAUUUAUUCGUUUUGAGUAACAAUGCUCAAUUAUCUUUUAAAACUAAGGUGGUAACAGGCAUUACAGUUUUUUCAUUUUGAAUAUAUCAGUAUUAGCCAUGGUGUAAUUGUUUCCCAAAUGCUUACAAGAAGUCGUAUCUAAAUAGGUUAAUGAUGCUAGUGAGGUUUUGUUUUUCAAAGGUUGAAAGUUUCAAAGAUUUCAUUGUAAAUGUGUAUCAUAGAUAAUUAUUAUAGCGGUAAAAUAAUCUAAGUUUAUAUGAAAAUUGUGUGUUGAUACUGUACGUAAUAGGACAGUUGCAUUUGCUGUAAAAGUAUAUACUUCACUAUUUUCUUUCUCUCUCUCUCUCUUUAUUUUUUUACAAAGAGUUUUCACUACAAACUGUUGAUAAUUUUGCAGUUGAAAACAAAAUGCACAAUUCAGUGGAUAUAGGGCAUUUUAUGAUUAUUAGUAUUUCAGUAUUGAAAAUGUGCAGAAUUAAUUAUUUCCACUGUUGCAUUUUUAUGCAGAUAGAAAUACUGUUUUAGUUCUGUGUGAUAGUUUAAUUUUAUAACUAGAACACUCUACUCUGUGUAUUUAUAAGAUUUGCUGCUGAAUAAUUACAUUCCUGUAUUUGAAAGAUGAGAGAACUUUAUCUUAAGGAUGCUGGUAACUUUUUACAACCAGACAACAGGAAAUUGUCAUUUUUCUCUCAACCAUGAUGUAAAUACUUCCUUGUGUAAAUAAAGCUUUGUUUGUGAAACAGUCA